ACCAUUCAGCGGUUGGAGGCGUUUGGUCCCAUUUUAUUUUUUAUCUUGUGGCGAUGGGUGGGUGUUUAUUUAUUUUUGCACUGGUUUUGCAGUUGUGGUCUUUACAAGCUAGGAGCAGUCCGUUGAAGUGCGGCCUGAGCUACAAACUCUGUAAGGAUGGCUCUGAGUGUGUCCUCUACAGACACCUGUGUGAUGGCGAGCCAGACUGCGGGGAUGGAUCAGAUGAAGAGGACUGUGUAUCUGAAUGCAGUGAAGACCAGUUCCAGUGUGCCCAAGGGCAGGAGUGUAUAGACAAGGACCAGGUGUGUGAUGGUGUACCUCAGUGUCCAGACCACUCAGAUGAACUGAAGUGUAUGAAGCAAACUGAGGGCUGUGCUCACCAUUGCGACCAGAGCCGCUGUUUGCCUGCAAGCCUCCUCUGUGAUGGAGAGGAUGACUGUUUAGAUGGCACAGACGAGGCUCACUGUGAGGACCAAGAGGAAGAUGGACAUGAAAAGGAAGAAGGGACCAGUACAACCUCUAUUGUGGGCUCAUCAACACCCAUCAAGUGUUCUUUGGGCUUAAAACCCUGCAGGGACAACGUACAGUGUGUCCACUACAGCCAUGUGUGUGAUGGCGAAGCAGACUGCAGAGAUGGCUCAGAUGAGGAAGAAUGCUCAUCAGCGUGUGGGAUGGAUCAGUUUCCAUGUGCUCAUGGGAAGAAGUGUAUAGAGCAGAGUCAGGUGUGUGAUGGUGUGCCUCAGUGUCAGGACCGCUCAGAUGAACUGGGAUGUGCCAAGCACAUGGAAGGCUGUGCUCACCAAUGUGAUGACAAGACGCGCUGCAUUCCUAGCAGCUUCCUCUGUGAUGGGGAGAGGGACUGUUCAGAUGACAGUGAUGAGGAGAACUGUGCUGUAGAGAGCUGCAGUGCCUCUGAGUUCACAUGUAACAGUGGCCAGUGUGUGUUGGCUACAAUGCGCUGUGACGGUCACCCGGACUGCUGGGAUCAUUCAGAUGAGGAGAGCUGCACCCAAGCACCUGUCUGCCCCACCAAAUACCGCUGCCCACAGAGCCAAGAGUGUCUGGUGCAGGAGUGGAUCUGUGAUGGAGAACAGGACUGCAAAGAUGGCACAGAUGAGAAGGAUUGUCCUAUGGCUCCAGUGAACUGUGGUGAGUUCCAGUGGCUGUGCAACUCCAAGGUCAUGUGUAUCCCAACAGCCUGGAGGUGUGAUGGCAUGAAGGACUGUAAUGAUGGCAGUGAUGAGACUGAAUGUGGGGUGAUGGCAUGCCCUCCACACCAGUUCCAGUGUGGCAGUCAGGAGUGCCUGGAUCCACUUCUUCUGUGCAAUGGCAUCACCAACUGUGCAGAUGGUUCAGAUGAGGGAGGCAGCUGCCAGAUAGCCUGCAAAGAUGACAGUGGCUGCUCUCAAACCUGCUACAGCACACCACAGGGAACGCGCUGUCUCUGUGCAGAAGGGUUCAGGCUCAUGGAGGACAGGCUGACCUGUGCUGAUAUUGAUGAGUGUGAAAGCUGGAGCUCAGGUGUGUGCAGUCAGCUGUGCAUCAACACUCCUGGUUCCUACAAAUGUGACUGUCACCCAGGAUACAUAAUGGACACAGAUGGACAACGCUGCAAGAUCACUGGUGAACCUUUCCUGUUGUCGUCGAUCCAAACAGACCUCAUAUUGCUGGGUCUGCGCAGUGGCAGCCUAGAUAUAUUGUCUUCCUCUGCCAAGAAGGCCAUUCUAUCUCUGGACUAUGACUGGCAGGAGCAGAGGGUCUUCUGGGUCAGUCUGGACACAAACAGCAUCAUGUGGUCCUCACUGGACCAGAAAGCCACAGGAACUGUGGUUAAAGGAGUCCGGGCCGAUUCUGUAGCUGUGGACUGGCUUGGGAGGAACUUGUACUGGAUCGAUGGUGUGAACAGUCAGAUUGUUGCCAUCAGACUGGCCACAACACCUGUGAAGUCACUGGACCACAGUGUCAUCCUCGAUGAAGACCUAGAUCAGCCCCGUUCUCUGGCUCUGCUGCCACAAAAAGGGCUGAUGUUCUGGACAGAAAUUGGUAAUAUUGUGAAGAUUGAGCGUGCUGGGAUGGAUGGGUCAGAGAGGAUGGUAGUGGUGAACUCCAGCCUGGGCUGGCCAGGUGACGUGACUGUGGACCCCAUCUCUGACAGAGUCUACUGGACAGAUGAAAGACUGAGGGCAAUUGGCUCAGCAACGCUGGAUGGGGACGACAUUCAUAUUCUACAGAUGGAAGAAACCACCAACCCAUUCUCUCUGGCAAUAUUGAGUGACUUACUCUACUGGUCUGAUGCCAAGAAGAGAGUGGUGCGGGCUGCUCACAAAAUCACUGGUAAAAGCCACAAAGUUCUCCUGAAGAGACCUAGACAACCAUUUGGUGUGAAGAUCAUCCACCCAUUGCUCCAGAUGAGCAUUGAGAGCCCCUGUGAGAAGAUGGGCUGUUCCCACAUGUGUGUGUUAGCCCCAGGACCCAAGGCCGUGUGCAGGUGUCCUGCUGGUCUGUUACUGAAUGAAGAUGGCCUGACUUGCACAGUCACCCAGAUCUACUUGCAGUCGCGACAUGCAGCAACAGCCGUGUUGAAGGGCUGGCCUGAACACCUGGCCCUGCAGGUGCCUGGCAUCAAUGAAGCUACCAUCAUGGACUACAGCCUACGUGACCACACCCUCAUCCUAACAGAUGAUGGCACAACCUCACUCAGCUCCUUCAAACUGAAGAACUCAGACUUGUCCUCCCAGGGCCAGAUUCUAAAACUGCUGGAUGAUACCAUCACUGCCAUGGCACUGGACUGGGUAACACUUAACAUCUACUGGAGUAGCAACAAACAGCUCCGCCUGCAGGUCACCUCCGUCACAGGUGCUCACACUGCUGUUCUCAUGAAGGAAGGGAUUGGUAGAGUGAAGUCAAUUGCUCUUCAUCCUCCCAGCAGCAGAGUUUGUUUCACCAACCUGAACCAACAGGCAAUAGAUGCCAUACAAGCUACUGUGGAGUGUGCCAACAUGGAUGGCGCUCAACGACGUGUGGUAUGGAAGGAUGCUGUCCAGCCUACAUCUCUGGUGUUUUCCAGUAAUGGGGAUACAAUUUAUUGGGCUGAGACUGAUUUAGGGAUCAUCAGCUCUGUCCUGCUUGAUGGAUCUGGAUACACAGAACUGAAGGCUGGUGAUGGCCUGGCUGCUGUGGCUCUCGCUGAUGAUGCACUGCUCUGGAUUACUGUCAGUGACAAGACAAGGCUCUGGUACAGAGAUGAGCAGCAGCAGAACAAACUAUGGUUUGAGGUCGGCACACAAGUGGUCACCUUGAAGGCCUUCAGCAAAUCCAGUCAGGCUGGUUCUAACCAGUGCACAGAAAACAAUGGCAACUGCCAGCAUUUAUGCCUUGCCACCCCAGGAGGUCGGACUUGCAGUUGUGGCCAUGACCACAUCCUUGUAAACGCCACUCAUUGCAGCCCAGAUCAGCGCUGCCCAAGUGGCAGCAAGCUGUGUCUGGAUCAACUCUCAUGCCUGCUUGCUGACAAGUUCUGUAAUGGUCAUGCAGACUGCUCUGAUCACUCGGACGAGAACUGUGUCAACCCAAAGCAGUUCUCAGGAGUUGUCUCUGCACCAACUGAGCCUCCCAAAUCUUCUCCCUCCCCUCUGUCCGAAACCACUGACCUAAACACCACCCUGAAUGUCAGCAGCCAGCUCAUGAACCUGGAUGCCCAGCAGUGCAGCCAGAGACGUUGCAGUGGCAACGGACGCUGUGUGGAGGGUGAUGGGGAUGCUGUGUGUGUGUGUUCAGCGGGUUACAGAGGUGACUCCUGUCAGGACAGUAUACUGAAGACCAUGCAGGGCCCAGCUAUCUACGGCACCAUGGGCAUCUGUGUAGGAGUGUUGGUCAUUGCUGUGACAGUAGUGUGUGUCAAGAGGAAGCAGAAUAUAAGGAGAGAGAACACAGCAGCAGGAAAGGACAUAAGUAUGACUGACCUGAAGAACAAGGUUGAGACCCCCUCCAGUACACAGACUCCCUCAGACACAGACAAACCAGAGGAAGUGGAAGGGGUUUCUUCAGGGGACUAAGGUAGAUUUAAGGGCAAGCGACCUUUUAAAUAAAGUUUGCAUUUCCUGUA